AGCUGCAACACGACAAGAGUCGGUCUUAUUCUACGACCCGACUUCUGCACAAGCUCCAGGCGGCUUCAAUAUUCCGAUGGAGCAGUCAUUUGACCUCCCCGACUCGACCGACUGGUUGGACACGCCGCUUUCCCUACUUGCGCCUUUAGAGUCCUCGCUCCGCUGUCAAGUCUGCAAGGACUUCUUCGACACACCCGUGAUUACGUCUUGCAGUCACACAUUUUGCUCUCUAUGCAUUCGUCGAUGUCUCAGUACCGAGGGAAAAUGUCCUACGUGUCGUUCGGGUGAUCAGGAGCUUAAGCUUCGCCGCAACUGGCUUGUGCAGGAAAUCCUCGAAGCGUUCAAGAACGCGAGGGAGAGCGCACUCACUCUUGCGAGAAAGGAGGCGGCGCGCAUCGCUGCUGGAAACGAUGAAGUUUCAGAACCUGCCUUAAAGAAACGGAAGGUGAGCCGAGUGGACCACACUGAAGCGACCGAGACAAUCCAGCACAGUCCACAACGCGUUCGUACGAGGUCGAGGUCGCAAAUGGCGCCGGCGCAAUCGAAUGGACAGGAGCGCAACCAGGGCUCAUUGUUACAAGAAGUGAUCGAAGACAGUCAGGAUGAAGAUUUUAUUCCAGAUGACGGCAUGGUCGCUUGCCCUAUAUGUAACCGCCGGAUGAAGAACGAGGCUGUCUUCGCGCAUCUUGAUAAAUGUACAGGAGACACAGCAUCGGCUUCUAAACCAGCUCCUGCCAAGCAAAGGUCAUUUGGAUCUCUACAACCUCAAGCGCGCCAAACCCCGAUAUCCCCUUCACAAGCACCCGAAAGACUCCCAGCCAUGAACUACUCACUCCUAAAAGACAAUCAAUUGCGCCGGAAAUUCCGUGACCUGGGUAUUCCCGACUGGGGUCAGCGGCAGCUCUUGCAGAGACGUCACACUGAGUGGAUGAAUUUAUGGAAUGCGAACUGCGACUCCACGUUUCCAAGAACCAAGAAAGAACUGCUACGAGAGCUUGACAUUUGGGAAAGGACACAAGGUGGGUUUGCGACAGCGCAGUCCUCAAUCGUGCCGAACAACACGGUGAUGGCGAAGGAGUUUGAUGCGGCUCAAUGGUCAGUGAGCCACGACAAUGAUUUCAAGCGUUUAAUUGCAAACGCUCGUAAAAAGAGUGAUGCUCAAGUGAGAUCGACCAUCCCGGGCGCUGCACAGGCCUCGGGGUCGAAUAACACGGUAGUAGAUAGUUCGGCUCAACCGGCGAGCGGGGUUGCGAGGGGCACUCCCAUCGAGAUCAACUCUGACCCGCCAGGUCCGAAUGAAAUGUCAGGGUGACUUGACUUCGAUGAUCGACGUGGUGUCGCGGUUAAUCCGGUGUGAAAGCAACCGAUUCGAGCACAUGGCCCGUUGAUAAAUGGUCCCUUAGUUGGCGGGCAAUGGGCGAUCUUCAACCGACAUGUUUGAGAGCCUCUCAAUGCUCUGUGCGAGCUGGCUUUCUACAUUGUUCUCUGCCUGCGCCUUGCGCGCGGCUUCGUCUGAGGCUUGCUUGAGACUGUCCAGCUCGGCAAGCUUCUUGCGCGUAGCCUCGGCUUCUUUUUCUUCCUUUGCUUCCCGAUCACCCUUCUCCAGGGCCUCAAGCUCCUCAUCAAUCUCACCCUCGUCGAAGACAGGUCCUGCCUCAUUCAUGAUGGUUCCGACCUCGUCCACCUUUGACAUCUCUUCACGCAACUCCUCGAUCACGUCCUCGACACGCUCAGCUCCGCCGAUUUGUGCAUGCAACCCACGAAGAACACCGGUGCUGGCCUCCAUGACCCGCACAAUCUCCACCUGGCCCGUGGCCUGCUCGAUUUUUGCAUAUACUUCCUCGAGCUGGACAAGCGUGUUCAGGCGUUGAUGGAGAUUAUGCUCCACCAUCUUCUUGGAUUUGACGGCUGACAAGGCGGAGAUACGAUUUUUGUCUGCCAGCGCUGUCUUUGCAGAAGCAGUCAAUUCCACAACUUUAUCUUCUAGGUCCUUGACCUGCUUCGAAAGUGUUGACAAAAGCGUUUUGAUGGAGGCGA